AUGAAUCAGGUUGACCGAAGACCAUCGGGAUUGGCUGAACUGUCCACCAAGGAUCAGAAACUCGAUGUCAGGGCUCAUCAGAGAACCUAUGAAGGCGCUUACUUGAGGAGCAGCAUUGGUGCUCUAUCAUUUAGCAUCAUUGUGAUCAAGAUCUUCAGUAAAGAGUUCAUUGUAAUAGGCAUAAUAUUCACCAUAUACGGGCUACUUCUUUUCCUCGUCAGCUUGCUACGUACGAGGAACAUGGAUCUCUACUUUUUAGCAGAUGAUAAAGAAGGAAAGAGCGUGGUUCCUGGAACACAGGAUAACAAUUCACUUGAGAAUGAGGCAGAGAUAACCGAGGAGGACACUUACUUUAAAACCAGUGGAAAUAUUGUUCUUCUGUUAACCGCUAUCACUAGUGUGUGCUAUGUAUUACUUUUUGUGUUCCUGCAGAGAAUAUAG